UGCUCGGGAGCCUUCAGCCCCGGCCGCUGCCCGGCCGCCUCCGGGCGGCAAGGGGAGCGAGACCCCGCGCAGGGCUGGGGCCUGCGAGCGCACGCCCCUCUGCCCGCUUCCGCCGGGCCCUGGGCUAGAACCGCCAAGCGCAGAGGCUGGGGCGCGCGCCAGCAGCCCAGCGCCGGAGCCCCCCGGUCCCCUGCCGGCUCACAGGGGCCCGCUGCCUCCCCCCGUCGGUGACUGUCCCAGAGCGGGCCGGAGUGGGCAGCAUGGAGGGGGAGCCCUCCCAGCCUUCCAACAGCAGCCGGCCCCCAUGCCAGAAUGGGAGUGAUGCUGAGGCCAACCCCGCUGCAAACCUCACCUUCUGCUCCUACUACCAGCACUCCUCCCUGGUGGCUGCCAUGUUCAUUGUGGCCUACGUGCUCAUCUUCCUCCUCUGCAUGGUGGGCAACACCCUGGUCUGCUUCAUUGUGCUCAAGAACCGGCACAUGCGCACCGUCACCAACAUGUUUAUCCUCAACCUGGCCGUCAGCGACCUGCUGGUGGGCAUUUUCUGCAUGCCCACCACCCUUGUGGACAACCUCAUCACUGGGUGGCCCUUCGACAACGCCACGUGCAAGAUGAGCGGCUUGGCGCAGGGCAUGUCCGUGUCAGCUUCUGUUUUCACACUGGUGGCCAUUGCCGUGGAAAGGUUCCGCUGCAUCGUGCACCCUUUCCGCGAGAAGCUGACCCUGCGGAAGGCGCUGGCCACCAUCGCGGUCAUCUGGACCCUGGCCCUGCUCAUCAUGUGCCCCUCGGCCGUCACGCUGACCGUUACGCGCGAGGAGCACCACUUCAUGGUGGACGCCCGCAACCGCUCCUACCCGCUCUACUCGUGCUGGGAGGCCUGGCCCGAGAAGGGCAUGCGCAGGGUCUACACGGCCGUGCUCUUCUCGCACAUCUACCUGGCGCCGCUGGCGCUGAUCGUGGGCAUGUACGCGCGCAUCGCCCGCAAGCUGUGCAAGGCCCCAGGGCCCGCGCGCGCCGGCGAGGAGGCGGCCGGGGAGGGCGGCCGCGGCGCCCGGCGCAGGGCCCGGGUGGUGCACAUGCUGGUCAUGGUGGCGCUGUUCUUCACGCUGUCCUGGCUGCCUCUCUGGGCCCUGCUGCUGCUCAUCGACUACGGGCAGCUGAGCGAGCCGCAGCUGCACCUGGUCACCGUCUACGCCUUCCCCUUAGCCCACUGGCUGGCCUUCUUCAACAGCAGCGCCAACCCCAUCAUCUACGGCUACUUCAACGAGAACUUCCGCCGCGGCUUCCAGGCCGCCUUCCGCGCCCAGCUCUGCCCGCCGCCGUGGGGGAGCCACCGGGAGCGUCCCAGCGGGCUCCUGCGCACGCGGGUCUUCGUGGAGGUGCAGCCCAGCGACUCGGGCCUAGCCUCCGAGUCGGGCCCGAGCAGCGGGGCCCCCAGGCCCGGCCACCUCCCGCUGCACAAUGGCCGCGUGGCGCCCCCUGGCUUGGCCGCCGAGGGUCCCGGCUUUUCCCAUAUGCCCCUCACCAUACCAGCCUGGGACGUUUGAGUGGGACAUGGAGGGCAGGCCCCUGAACCCGAGGGCCCCGGCUGGACACGUGACACCCAGGCAUGCUAGCGGCCUGGU